CCCCAUUCUCCCGCUUUCUAUCACCCCGCCCCAUUCUCCCGCUUUCCAUCAACCCGCCCCAUUCUCCCGCUUUCCAUCACCCCGCCCCAUUCUCCCGCUUUCCAUCACCCGCCCCAUUCUCCCGCUUUCCAUCACCCCGUCCCAUUCUCCCUUUCCAUCACCCCGCCCCAUUCUCCCGCUUUCCAUCACCCCACCCCAUUCUCCCGCUUUCCAUCACCCCGCCCCAUUCUCCCGCUUUCCAUCACCCGCCCCAUUCUCCCGCUUUCCAUCACCCCGCCCCAUUCUCCCGCUUUCCAUCACCCCGCCCCAUUCUCCCGCUUUCCAUCACCCACCCCAUUCUCCCACCACCCCGCCCCAUUCUCCCGCUUUCCAUCACCCCGCCCCAUUCUCCCGCUUUCCAUCACCCGCCCCAUUCUCCCGCUUUCCAUCACCCCGCCCCAUUCUCUCCGCUUUCCAUCAGCCCGCCCCAUUCUCCCGCUUUCCAUCACCCCGCUCCAUUCUCCCGCUUUCCAUCACCCGCCCCAUUCUCCCUCUUUCCAUCACCCCGCCCCAUUCUCCCGCUUUCCAUCACCCCGCCCCAUUCUCCCGCUUUCCAUCACCCCCCCCCCAUUCUCCCGCUUUCCAUCACCCCGCCCCAUUCUCCCGCUUUCCAUCACCCCGCCCCAUUCUCCCGCUUUCCAUCACCCCGCCCCAUUCUCCCGCUUUCCAUCACCCCGCCCCAUUCUCCCGCUUUCCAUCACCCCGCCCCAUUCUCCCGCUUUCCAGCACCCCGCCCCAUUCUCCCUUUCCAUCACCCCGCCCCAUUCUCCCGCUUUCCAUCACCCCGCCCCAUUCUCCCUCUUUCCAUCACCCCGCCCCAUUCUCCCGCUUUCCAUCACCCCGCCCCAUUCUCCCGCUUUCCAUCACCCCGCCCCAUUCUCCCGCUUUCCAUCACCCCGCCCCCUUCUCCCGCUUUCCAUCACCUUGCCCCAUUCUCCCGCUUUCCAUCACCCGCCCCAUUCUCCCAUCACCCCACCCCAUUCUCCCGCUUUCCAUCACCCCGCCCCAUUCUCCCUUUCCAUCACCCCGCCCCAUUCUCCCGCUUUCCAUCACCCCGCCCCAUUCUCCCGCUUUCCAUCACCCCGCCCCAUUCUCCCACUUUCCAUCACCCUGCCCCAUUCUCCCGCUUUCCAUCACCCCGCCCCAUACUCCCGCUUUCCAUGACCCCGCCCCAUUCUCCCGCUUUCCAUCACCCUGCCCCAUUCUCCCGCUUUCCAUCACCCGCCCCAUUCUCCCGCUUUCCAUCACCCCGCCCCAUUCUCCCGCUUUCCAUCACCCCGCCCCAUUCUCCCGCUUUCCAGCACCCCGCCCCAUUCUCCCUUUCCAUCACCCCGCCCCAUUCUCCCGCUUUCCAUCACCCCGCCCCAUUCUCCCUCUUUCCAUCACCCCGCCCCAUUCUCCCGCUUUCCAUCACCCCGCCCCAUUCUCCCGCUUUCCAUCACCCCGCCCCAUUCUCCCGCUUUCCAUCACCCCGCCCCAUUCUCCCGCUUUCCAUCACCUUGCCCCAUUCUCCCGCUUUCCAUCACCCGCCCCAUUCUCCCAUCACCCCACCCCAUUCUCCCGCUUUCCAUCACCCCGCCCCAUUCUCCCUUUCCAUCACCCCGCCCCAUUCUCCCGCUUUCCAUCACCCCGCCCCAUUCUCCCGCUUUCCAUCACCCCGCCCCAUUCUCCCUCUUUCCAUCACCCUGCCCCAUUCUCCCGCUUUCCAUCACCCCGCCCCAUACUCCCGCUUUCCAUCACCCCGCCCCAUUCUCCCGCUUUCCAUCACCCUGCCCCAUUCUCCCGCUUUCCAUCACCCGCCCCAUUCUCCCGCUUUCCAUCACCCGCCCCAUUCUCCCGCUUUCCAUCACCCCGCCCCAUUCUCCCUCUUUCCAUCACCCCGCCCCAUUCUCCCGCUUUCCAUCACCCCGCCCCAUUCUCCCGCUUUCCAUCACCCCGCCCCAUUCUCCCGCUUUCCAUCACCCGCCCCAUUCUCCCGCUUUCCAUCACCCGCCCCAUUCUCCCGCUUUCCAUCACCCCGCCCCAUUCUCCCGCUUUCCAUCACCCCGCCCCAUUCUCCCGCUUUCCAUCACCCCGCCCCAUUCUCCCUUUCCAUCACCCCGCCCCAUUCUCCCGCUUUCCAUCACCCCGCCCCAUUCUCCCGAUUUCCAUCACCCCGCCCCAUUCUCCCGCUUUCCAUCACCCCGACCCAUUCUCCCGCUUUCCAUCACCCCGCCCCAUUCUCCCGCUUUCCAUCACCCCGCCCCAUUCUCCCGCUUUCCAUCACCCCGCCCCAUACUCCCGCUUUCCAUCACCCCGCCCCAUUCUCCCGCUUUCCAUCACCCGCCCCAUUCUCCCCCAGUUGGUCCACGUGUUUGUUGGACCAACAAGCCAGUUGCUCCACGUGUUUGUUGGACCAACAAGCCAGUUGCUCCACGUGUUUGUUGGACCAACAAGCCAGUUGCUCCACGUGUUUGUUGGACCAACAAGCCAGUUGCUCGACGCGUUUGUUGGACCAACAAGCAAGUUGCUCGACGCGUUUGUUGGACCAACAAGCCAGUUGGUCGACGCGUUUGUUGGACCAACAAGCCAGUUGGUCGACGCGUUUGUUGGACCAACAAGCCAGUUGGUCGACGCGUUUGUUGGACCAACAAGCCAGUUGGUCGACGCGUUCGUUUGUUGGACCAACAAGCCAGUUGGUCGACGCGUUGGAUGGACCAACAAGCCAGUCGACGCGUUUGAUGGACCAACAAGCCAGGUGGUCGACGCGUUUGAUGGACCAACAAGCCAGGUGCUCGACGCGUUUGAUGGACCAAAAAGCCAGGUGCUCGACGCGUUUGAUGGACCAACAAGCCAGGUGCUCGACGCGUUUGAUGGACCAACUAGCCAGGUGCUCGACGCGUUUGAUGGACCAACAAGCCACGUGGUCCACGCGUUUGAUGGACCAACAAGCCAGUUGCUCCGCGCGUUUGUUGGACCAACAAGCCAGUUGCUCCACGCGUUUGUUGGACCAACAAGCCAGUUGCUCCACGCGUUUGUUGGACCAACAAGCCACGUGCUCUACGCGUUUGUUGGACCAACAAGCCAGUUGGUCCACUUGGUCCACGUGUUUGAUGGACCAACAAGCCAGCUGGUCCACGUGUUUGAUGGACCAACAAGCCAGUUGGUCCGCGUGUUUGAUGGACCAACAAGCCAGCUGGUCCGCGUGUUUGAAAGACCAACAAGCCAGUUGGUCCGCGUGUUUGAUGGACCAACAAGCCAGUUGGUCCACGUGUUUCUUGGACCAACAAGCCAGUUGCUCGACGCGUUUGAUGGACCAACAAGCCACGGGGUCGACGCGUUUGAUGGACCAACAAGCCACGUGGUCGACGCGUUUGAUGGACCAACAAGCCACGUGGUCGACGCGUUUGAUGGACCAACAAGCCACGUGGUCGACGCGUUUGUUGGACCAACAAGCCAGUUGGUCGACGCGUUUGUUGGACCAACAAGCCAGUUGGUCGACGCGUUCCCAGGUGCUCGACGCGUUCGUUUGACCAACAAGCCAGUCGACGCGUUUGAUGGACCAACAAGCCAGGUGGUCGACGCGUUUGAUGGACCAACAAGCCAGGUGGUCGACGCGUUUGAUGGACCAACAAGCCAGGUGGUCGACGCGUUUGAUGGACCAACAAGCCAGGUGCUCGACGCGUUUGAUGGACCAACUAGCCAGGUGCUCGACGCGUUUGAUGGACCAACAAGCCACGUGGUCCACGCGUUUGUUGGACCAACAAGCCAGUUGCUCCACGCGUUUGUUGGACCAACAAGCCAGUUGCUCCACGCGUUUGUUGGACCAACAAGCCAGUUGCUCCACGCGUUUGUUGGACCAACAAGCCACGUGCUCUACGCGUUUGUUGGACCAACAAGCCAGUUGGUCCACGUGUUUGUUGGACCAACAAGCCAGUUGGUCCACGUGUUUGUUGGACCAACAAGCCAGUUGGUCCACGUGUUUGUUGGACCAACAAGCCAGCUGGUCCACGUGUUUGAUGGACCAACAAGCCAGCUGGUCCACGUGUUUGAUGGACCAACAAGCCAGUUGGUCCGCGUGUUUGAUGGACCAACAAGCCAGCUGGUCCGCGUGUUUGAUGGACCAACAAGCCAGUUGGUCCCCGUGUUUCUUGGACCAACAAGCCAGUUGGUCCACGUGUUUCUUGGACCAACAAGCCAGUUGCUCGACGCGUUUGUUGGACCAACAAGCCAGUUGCUCGACGCGUUUGUUGGACCAACAAGCCAGUUGGUCGACGCGUUUGAUGGACCAACAAGCCACGGGGUCGACGUGUUUGAUGGACCAACAAGCCAGGUGGUCGACGUGUUUGAUGGACCAACAAGCCAGGUGGUCGACGUGUUUGAUGGACCAACAAGCCAGGUGGUCGACGUGUUUGAUGGACCAACAAGCCAGGUGGUCGACGUGUUUGAUGGACCAACAAGCCAGGUGGUCGACGUGUUUGAUGGACCAACAAGCCAGGUGGUCGACGUGUUUGAUGGACCAACAAGCCAGGUGGUCGACGUGUUUGAUGGACCAACAAGCCAGGUGGUCGACGUGUUUGAUGGACCAACAAGCCAGCUGGUCCACGUGUUUGAUGGACCAACAAGCCAGGUGGUCGACGUGUUUGAUGGACCAACAAGCCAGGUGGUCGACGUGUUUGAUGGACCAACAAGCCAGGUUGUCGACGCGUUUGUUGGACCAACAAGCCAGGUUGUCGACGCGUUUGUUGGACCAACAAGCCAGUUGGUCGACGCGUUUGUUAGACCAACAAGCCAGGUUGUCGACGCGUUUGUUGGACCAACAAGCCAGUUGGUCCACGUGUUUGUUGGACCAACAAGCCAGUUGGUCCACGUGUUUGAUGGACCAACAAGCCAGUUGGUCCACGUGUUUGAUGGACCAACAAGCCAGUUGGUCGACGUGUUUGAUGGACCAACAAGCCAGUUGGUCCGCGUGUUUGAUGGACCAACAAGCCAGUUGGUCCGCGUGUUUGAUGGACCAACAAGCCAGGUGGUCCGCGUGUGUGAUGGACCAACAAGACAGUUGGUCCGCGUGUUUGUUGGACCAACAAGCCAGUUGGUCUGCGUGUGUGAUGGACCAACGAGCCAGUUGGUCCGCGUGUUUGUUGGACCAACAAGCCAGUUGGUCCGCGUGUUUGAUGGACCAACAAGCCAGUUGGUCCGCGUGUUUGAUGGACCAACAAGCCAGUUGGUCCGCGUGUUUGAUGGACCAACGAGCCAGUUGGUCGACGUGUUUGAUGGACCAACGAGCCAGGUGGUCGACGUGUUUGAUGGACCAACGAGCCAGUUGGUCGACGUGUUUGAUGGACCAACAAGCCAGCUGGUCCACGUGUUUGAUGGACCAACAAGCCAGCUGGUCCACGUGUUUGAUGGACCAACAAGCCAGCUGGUCCACUUGGUCGACGUGUUUGAUGGACCAACAAGCCAGUUGGUCCGCGUGUUUGACGUGUUUGUUGGACCAACAAGCCAGUUGGUCGACGUGUUUGUUGGACCAACAAGCCAGUUGGUCCACGUGUUUGUUGGACCAACGAGCCAGUUGGUCCACGUGUUUGUUGGACCAACAAGCCAGUUGGUCCACGUGUUUGAUGGACCAACAAGCCAGUUGGUCCACGUGUUUGAUGGACCAACAAGCCAGCUGGUCCACGUGUUUGAUGGACCAACAAGCCAGCUGGUCCACGUGUUUGUUGGACCAACAAGCCAGCUGGUCCACGUGUUUGUUGGACCAACAAGCCAGCUGGUCCACGUGUUUGUUGGACCAACAAGCCAGCUGGUCCACGUGUUUGAUGGACCAACAAGCCAGCUGGUCCACGUGUUUGAUGGACCAACAAGCCAGCUGGUCCACGUGUUUGAUGGACCAACAAGCCAGCUGGUCCACGUGUUUGAUGGACCAACAAGCCAGCUGGUCCACGUGUUUGAUGGACCAACAAGCCAGCUGGUCCACUUGGUCCACGCGCUCGAUGGACCAACAAGCCAGUUGGUCCACGCGCUCGAUGGACCAACAAGCCAGUUGGUCCACGCGCUCGAUGGACCAACAAGCCAGUUGGUCCACGCGCUCGAUGGACCAACAAGCCAGUUGGUCCACGCGCUCGUUGGACCAACAAGCCAGUUGGUCCACGCGCUCGUUGGACCAACAAGCCAGUUGGUCCACGCGCUCGUUGGACCAACAAGCCAGUUGGUCCACGCGCUCGUUGGACCAACCAGCCAGUUGGUCCACGUGCUCGAUGGACCAACAACCCAGUUGGUCCACGCGCUCGUUGGACCAACAACCCAGUUGGUCCACGCGCUCGUUGGACCAACAAGCCAGUUGGUCCACGCGCUCGAUGGACCAACAAGCCAGUUGGUCCACGCGCUCGAUGGACCAACAAGCCAGUUGGUCCACGCGCUCGAUGGACCAACAAGCCAGUUGGUCCACGCGCUCGAUGGACCAACAAUUCAGUUGGUCCACGCGCUCGAUGGACCAACAAGCCAGUUGGUCCACGCGCUCGAUGGACCAACAAGCCAGUUGGUCCACGCGCUCGAUGGACCAACAAGCCAGUUGGUCCACGCGCUCGAUGGACCAACAAGCCAGUUGGUCCACGCGCUCGAUGGACCAACAAGCCAGUUGGUCCACGCGUUCGAUGGACCAACAAGCCAGUUGGUCCACGCGUUCGAUGGACCAACAAGCCAGUUGGUCCACGCGUUCGAUGGACCAACAAGCCAGUUGGUCCACGCGUUCGAUGGACCAACAAGCCAGUUGGUCCACGCGUUCGAUGGACCACAACCCAGUUGGUCCACGCGUUCGAUGGACCAACAAGCCAGUUGGUCCACGCGUUCGAUGGACCAACAAGCCAGUUGGUCCACGCGUUCGAUGGACCAACAACCAACAAGCCAGUUGGUCCACGCGUUCAAUGGACCAACAACCAACAAGCCAGUUGGUCCACGCGUUCGAUGGACCAACAAGCCAGCUGGUCCACGUGUUCGAUGGACCAACAAGCCAGCUGGUCCACGCGUUCGAUGGACCAACAAGCCAGUUGGUCCACGCGUUCGAUGGACCAACAACCAACAAGCCAGUUGGUCCACGCGUUCAAUGGACCAACAACCAACAAGCCAGUUGGUCCACGCGUUCGAUGGACCAACAAGCCAGCUGGUCCACGUGUUCGAUGGACCAACAAGCCAGCUGGUCCACGUGUUCGAUGGACCAACAAGCCAGCUGGUCCACGUGUUCGAUGGACCAACAAGCCAGCUGGUCCACGUGUUCGAUGGACCAACAAGCCAGUUGGUCCACGUGUUUGUUGGACCAACAAGCCAGCUGGUCCACGUGUUCGAUGGACCAACAAGCCAGCUGGUCCACGUGUUUGUUGGACCAACAAGCCAGCUGGUCCACGUGUUCGAUGGACCAACAAGCCAGCUGGUCCACGUGUUCGAUGGACCAACAAGCCAGCUGGUCCACGUGUUCGAUGGACCAACAAGCCAGCUGGUCCACGUGUUCGAUGGACCAACAAGCCAGUUGGUCCACGUGUUUGAUGGACCAACAAGCCAGUUGGUCCACGUGUUCGAUGGACCAACAAGCCAGUUGGUCCACGUGUUCGAUGGACCAACAAGCCAGUUGGUCCACGUGUUCGAUGGACCAACAAGCCAGUUGGUCCACGUGUUCGAUGGACCAACAAGCCAGUUGGUCCACGUGUUUGAUGGACCAACAAGCCAGUUGGUCCGCGUGUUUGAUGGACCAACAAGCCAGUUGGUCCGCGUGUUUGAUGGACCAACAAGCCAGUUGGUCCCUGUGUUUGAUGGACCAACAAGCCAGUUGGUCCGCGUGUUUGAUGGACCAACAAGCCAGUUGGUCCACGUGUUUGAUGGACCAACAAGCCAGUUGGUCCGCGUGUUUGAUGGACCAACAAGCCAGUUGGUCCGCGUGUUUGAUGGACCAACAAGCCAGUUGGUCGACGUGUUUGAUGGACCAACGAGCCAGGUGGUCGACGUGUUUGAUGGACCAACGAGCCAGUUGGUCGACGUGUUUGAUGGACCAACGAGCCAGUUGGUCCACGUGUUUGAUGGACCAACGAGCCAGUUGGUCGACGUGUUUGUUGGACCAACAAGCCAGUUGGUCCACGUGUUUGAUGGACCAACGAGCCAGUUGGUCGACGUGUUUGAUGGACCAACAAGCCAGUUGGUCCGCGUGUUUGACGUGUUUGUUGGACCAACAAGCCAGUUGGUCGACGUGUUUGUUGGACCAACAAGCCAGUUGGUCCACGUGUUUGUUGGACCAACAAGCCAGUUGGUCCACGUGUUUGUUGGACCAACAAGCCAGUUGGUCCACGUGUUUGAUGGACCAACAAGCCAGUUGGUCCACGUGUUUGAUGGACCAACAAGCCAGCUGGUCCACGUGUUUGAUGGACCAACAAGCCAGCUGGUCCACGUGUUUGUUGGACCAACAAGCCAGCUGGUCCACGUGUUUGUUGGACCAACAAGCCAGCUGGUCCACGUGUUUGUUGGACCAACAAGCCAGCUGGUCCACGUGUUUGAUGGACCAACAAGCCAGCUGGUCCACGUGUUUGAUGGACCAACAAGCCAGCUGGUCCACGUGUUUGAUGGACCAACAAGCCAGCUGGUCCACGUGUUUGAUGGACCAACAAGCCAGCUGGUCCACGUGUUUGAUGGACCAACAAGCCAGCUGGUCCACUUGGUCCACGCGCUCGAUGGACCAACAAGCCAGUUGGUCCACGCGCUCGAUGGACCAACAAGCCAGUUGGUCCACGCGCUCGAUGGACCAACAAGCCAGUUGGUCCACGCGCUCGAUGGACCAACAAGCCAGUUGGUCCACGCGCUCGUUGGACCAACAAGCCAGUUGGUCCACGCGCUCGUUGGACCAACAACCCAGUUGGUCCACGCGCUCGUUGGACCAACAAGCCAGUUGCUCCACGCGCUCGUUGGACCAACAAGCCAGUUGGUCCACGCGCUCGAUGGACCAACAAGCCAGUUGGUCCACGCGCUCGUUGGACCAACAACCCAGUUGGUCCACGCGCUCGUUGGACCAACAAGCCAGUUGGUCCACGCGCUCGAUGGACCAACAAGCCAGUUGGUCCACGCGCUCGAUGGACCAACAAGCCAGUUGGUCCACGCGCUCGAUGGACCAACAAGCCAGUUGGUCCACGCGCUCGAUGGACCAACAAUUCAGUUGGUCCACGCGCUCGAUGGACCAACAAGCCAGUUGGUCCACGCGCUCGAUGGACCAACAAGCCAGUUGGUCCACGCGCUCGAUGGACCAACAAGCCAGUUGGUCCACGGGCUCGAUGGACCAACAACCCAGUCGGUCCACGCGCUCGAUGGACCAACAAGCCAGUUGGUCCACGCGUUCGAUGGACCAACAAGCCAGUUGGUCCACGCGUUCGAUGGACCAACAAGCCAGUUGGUCCACGCGUUCGAUGGACCAACAAGCCAGUUGGUCCACGCGUUCGAUGGACCAACAAGCCAGUUGGUCCACGCGUUCGAUGGACCACAACCCAGUUGGUCCACGCGUUCGAUGGACCAACAAGCCAGUUGGUCCACGCGUUCGAUGGACCAACAAGCCAGUUGGUCCACGCGUUCGAUGGACCAACAACCAACAAGCCAGUUGGUCCACGCGUUCAAUGGACCAACAACCAACAAGCCAGUUGGUCCACGCGUUCGAUGGACCAACAAGCCAGCUGGUCCACGUGUUCGAUGGACCAACAAGCCAGCUGGUCCACGCGUUCGAUGGACCAACAAGCCAGUUGGUCCACGCGUUCGAUGGACCAACAACCAACAAGCCAGUUGGUCCACGCGUUCAAUGGACCAACAACCAACAAGCCAGUUGGUCCACGCGUUCGAUGGACCAACAAGCCAGCUGGUCCACGUGUUCGAUGGACCAACAAGCCAGCUGGUCCACGUGUUCGAUGGACCAACAAGCCAGCUGGUCCACGUGUUCGAUGGACCAACAAGCCAGCUGGUCCACGUGUUCGAUGGACCAACAAGCCAGUUGGUCCACGUGUUUGUUGGACCAACAAGCCAGCUGGUCCACGUGUUCGAUGGACCAACAAGCCAGCUGGUCCACGUGUUUGUUGGACCAACAAGCCAGCUGGUCCACGUGUUCGAUGGACCAACAAGCCAGCUGGUCCACGUGUUUGAUGGACCAACAAGCCAGCUGGUCCACGUGUUCGAUGGACCAACAAGCCAGCUGGUCCACGUGUUCGAUGGACCAACAAGCCAGUUGGUCCACGUGUUCGAUGGACCAACAAGCCAGUUGGUCCACGUGUUCGAUGGACCAACAAGCCAGUUGGUCCACGUGUUCGAUGGACCAACAAGCCAGUUGGUCAACGGGUUCGAUGGACCAACAAGCCAGUUGGUCCACGUGUUCGAUGGACCAACAAGCCAGUUGGUCCACGUGUUUGAUGGACCAACAAGCCAGUUGGUCCGCGUGUUUGAUGGACCAACAAGCCAGUUGGUCCGCGUGUUUGAUGGACCAACAAGCCAGUUGGUCCGCGUGUUUGUUGGACCAACAAGCCAGUUGGUCGACGUGUUUGAUGGACCAACAAGCCAGUUGGUCGACGUGUUUGAUGGACCAACAAGCCAGUUGGUCGACGUGUUUGAUGGACCAACAAGCCAGUUGGUCGACGUGUUUGAUGGACCAACAAGCCAGUUGGUCCACGUGUUUGAUGGACCAACAAGCCAGUUGGUCCACGUGUUUGAUGGACCAUCAAGCCAGUUGGUCGACGUGUUACCAACAAGCCAGUUGCUCCACGUGUUUGUUGGACCAACAAGCCAGUUGGUCCACGUGUUUGUUGGACCAACAAGCCAGUUGGUCCACGUGUUUGUUGGACCAACAAGCCAGUUGGUCCACGUGUUUGUUGGACCAACAAGCCAGUUGGUCCACGUGUUUGAUGGACCAACAAGCCAGCUGGUCCACGUGUUUGAUGGACCAACAAGCCAGUUGGUCCGCGUGUUUGAUGGACCAACAAGCCAGCUGGUCCGCGUGUUUGAUGGACCAACAAGCCAGUUGGUCCGCGUGUUUGAUGGACCAACAAGCCAGUUGGUCCACGUGUUUGUUGGACCAACAAGCCAGCUGGUCCACGUGUUUGAUGGACCAACAAGCCAGUUGGUCCACGUGUUUGAUGGACCAACAAGCCAGCUGGUCCACGUGUUUGUUGGACCAACAAGCUAG